GCUGAUAACAUAGUUCCGUCCAGAGAAGGAAGCCAGAAUACACUGCAAGCUUUGCGAGUAGGUGUGCAUUUUUCCCAUCUUAAAGCCUCACAGACUCUGAGCUGCACAGAUGCCCCAACCCUGAAGGACUGCUCCAGAAGUGAGACUGCUGAAUCUGCCCUGGUCCUGUGGAGGCUCCAAACCCUUGACAAUGGGCAGCUGGGUGGUUAACCACUGGUUCUCCGUUUUGUUUCUGGCUGCUUGGUUGGGGCUGAAUAUUUUCCUGUUUGUACAAGCCUUCCUGAACUUUGAGAAGAAUGACAAGUACUAUUACACGAGACAAAUUCUUGGGACGGCAUUGGCUGUGGCCCGAGCCUCUGCUCGCUGCUUGAAUUUUAACAGCAUGGUGAUCCUGAUUCCUGUGUGUCGCAAUCUGCUGUCCUUCCUGAGGGGCUCCUGCUCAUUCUGCAGCCGUACACUGAGAAAGCCAUUGGAUCACAACCUCACCUUCCAUAAGCUGGUGGCAUAUAUGAUCUGUGCACUAACAGCUAUUCAUGUCAUUGCACACCUGUUUAACUUUGAAAACUACAGUAGAAGCCAACAGGCCCCUGCUGGAUCUCUUGCCUCCGCUCUCUCCAGCCUAUCUCAUCAUGAGAAAGAAGGGGGUUCUUGGCUAAAUCCCAUACAAUCCCCAGACAUGACAGUGAUGUAUGUAACAUUCACGACCAUUGCUGGUCUCACUGGAGUGAUCAUCACAUUAGCCUUGAUUCUCAUAGUAACUUCAGCUACAGAGUUUAUCCGGAGGAAUUAUUUUGAGGUCUUCUGGUAUACACACCACCUCUUUUUCGUCUAUAUCCUCUGCUUAGUGCUUCAUGGCAUUGGGGGAAUUGUCCGGGGUCAAACAGAGAAGAGCAUGCAUGAGAGUCAUCCCCAGAAGUGUGCAGAGUCUUUUCAGAAGUGGGAUAACAAUGAUUCUGGCUGCAGGCGUCCUCAAUUUGAGGGGAACCCUGCUGAGUCUUGGAAGUGGAUCCUUGCACCCUUCAUUCUAUAUAUCUUUGAAAGAAUCCUUCGGUUUUGUCGCUCCCAGCAGAAGGUUGUGAUUACCAAGGUUGUCAAGCACCCAUCCAAAGUUUUGGAACUGCAGCUGAACAAGCAUGGCUUUAGUAUGGAAGUGGGACAGUACAUCUUUGUUAAUUGUCCCUCAAUCUCUCUUUUGGAGUGGCAUCCCUUUACUCUGACUUCUGCUCCAGAGGAAGAUUUCUUUUCCAUUCAUGUCCGAGUAGCAGGGGACUGGACAGAAAAUCUCAUAAAGGUCUUUGAACAACAACAUUCACCAAUGCCCAGGAUAAAGGUGGAUGGACCCUUUGGCACAGUCAGUGAGGAUGUUUUCCAGUAUGAAGUGGCUGUGCUUAUUGGAGCAGGAAUUGGGGUCACACCCUUUGCUUCCAUCUUGAAAUCCAUUUGGUACAAAUUCCAGCGUGAAGACCACAACCUCAAAACACAAAAGAUCUAUUUCUACUGGAUCUGCAGGGAGACGGGCGCCUUUGCCUGGUUCAAUGACCUAUUGGCUUCCCUGGAACAAGAGAUGGAGGAAUUAGGCAAAGUGGGUUUCUUAAACUACCGUCUCUUCCUCACUGGAUGGGAUAACAACAUUGCUGGUCAUGCAGCAUUAAAUUUUGACAAGGCCACUGACAUCCUGACAGGUCUGAAACAGAAAACCUUCUUUGGGAGACCAAUGUGGGACAAUGAGUUUUCUACAAUAGCUACUGCCCACCCCAAGUCUGUGGUGGGGGUUUUCUUAUGUGGUCCUCGGACUUUGGCAAAAAGCCUGCGUAAAUGCUGUCACCGAUACUCCAGUCUGGAUCCUAGGAAAGUUCAAUUUUACUUCAACAAAGAAAAUUUCUGAAUUACAGAAAUAAGCACAGUUGGCAUUUUGUCUCUCCUUUGUAUCUUCAACAACUUACUUGGUCUGCCAGGUUUGGGCAGCCACUUUAGGAUAACAUUGUGCCUCUCAAGCCUUGACUCCCUGAAUUUUUUUUCCACUGCAUUCAACUUCAUUGUAUACUUGAGCUUCAACCUAAGAACUUCAGAAGUUAAAACUGCAAAGCCCGUGGAUCCUUUUUUGGGAAAACAAUUGCAAGUCCUUCUGGA